UCUGUGCUGGGGCUGUAAUGCUGCUGAGAAGAACGCAUCAUCAACCUGCAAGGAGUGGCUGCUUCUUCCCUGCUGCAAGACUCCCCGAUCUCCCCCGCAGCUGCCCACCUGCCGGCACCCCGCAUGUAGUGAUGAUGUAUGAUUGGAUAAGAGGAAGAUGUGAUGCGAUCAAGUAGAAUUGACAUAAGAUGAAAUUCACUGACAGUUGAGAAUCCAAGGAUCAAGUCACUUGUCUGAGGCCUAAAAAAUAGUGAGGUGCCCUCCUCAUGCCGAAAUGACAACAAGGCAACGCAGUCCUCGCCAUGCGGCCAGGCCUCAUUCUACCAUCGAUGUCUCCUCUGAAAUGUUAGGGCUGUCACUGGCAGGAAAUUUCCAAGAUCCAGAUGAACCAAUUUUGGAGUUUAGCUUGGCAUGCAGCGAGCUUACUACUCCAUCCUUUGAGCGGAAACCAAAUAGUUUUGUUGCUGUUAGUGUCACAACCCCUCCUCAGGCUUUCUGGACCAAGCACGCUCAGACAGAAAUCAUAGAGGGGACAAGUAACCCUAUAUUCCUUAGCAGCAUUGCCUUCUUCCAGGACUCUCUUAUAAAUCAGAAGACCCAGAUUAAGCUGUCUGUGUAUGAUGUCAAAGACAAAUCUCAGGGAACUAUGUACUUGCUGGGCUCGGGAAAGUUUAUAGUGGAGGAUUUGCUGCAAGAGAAGACUCACAGGAUACACCUGCCAUUAUGGUCUGCUGAGCAACAGCGUGUUGGUAAUAUUACAGUAAUAGGCUGGCAAAUGGAGGACAAAGUUGAUCAGCAAGUGCCCGUGAUCAGAUCCACAGAUACCGUUAAUGGGAGAACUGUAAUUCCUGUUGAUGAAAGCUUAACAGAAUCUUUAGGAAUUCGCUCAAAGUAUGCGUCACUGAGAAAAGAUACACUAUUGAAAUCAGUGUUCGGUGGGGCAAUCUGUCGCAUGUACCGUUUUCCGACGACGGAUGGAAACCACUUACGCAUAUUAGAGCAAAUGGCUGAGAGUAUCCUCUCCUUGCACAUACCUAGGCAAUUUGUAAAACUUCUCCUUGAAGAGGAUGCUGCACGAGUGUGCGAACUUGAAGAAUUGGGGGAGUUGUCUCCAUGCUGGGAAAAUUUGCGCCGACAGAUAGUGACUCAGUAUCAGACGAUCAUUCUAACAUACCAGGAUAAUCUGACUAAUCUUCAUCAGUACAAAGGCGUUUCUUUCAAAGCGAGUAGCUUAAAAGCAGACAAGAAAUUAGAAUUUGUACCUACCAAUUUACACAUUCAGAGAAUGAGAGUUCAAGAUGAAUCCACAUCAGAUCAGAACUAUGACAUAGUAACUAUAGGAGCGCCAGCUGCACAUUGCCAAGGUUUUAAAUCUGGUGGAUUGCGGAAGAUAUUACACAAAUUUGAAGAUGCAAAGAAAAACAGUUUUGAGGAAACUUGCACGACAGCUUGCCCCCAGUCCAUUGUUUACAUACCCCAAGAUAUCAUCCGAGCCAAGGAGAUCAUCGCCCACAUUAAUACCCUGAAGACGCAGGUCAGUUAUUAUGCAGAGAGGCUCUCCAGAGCGGCAAAGGACCGAUCGGCCAAUGGCAUUGAGAGGACACUUGCCAUUUUAGCAGAUAAGACAAGACAGCUUGUCACUGUAUGUGACUGCAAACUGUUAGCCAAUGCAAUACACGGACUCAAUGCUGCUCGGCCAGACUACAUCGCCUCCAAAGCCUCUCCUACAUCAGGAGAUGCCGACCAAGUAGUGCUGAGAAAUGACCAGGAUACUCUGAUGGCACGGUGGACAGGAAGAAACAGUAGGUCAUCUCUGCAGGUGGAUUGGCACGAGGAGGAAUGGGAGAAAGUGUGGUCAAAUGUUGAGAAGAGCCUGGAGUGCAUUAUUCAGAGGGUAGACAAGCUUCUCCAGAAAGAGCGCUUACAUAGUGACAGCUGUGAAGAUGUCUUCCAAUGCGAGAUAAGCUGUACUAGCAAGAAAGGUAAUGAGAGAAGGAGAGCCUACUGGAUAAACCCAGAAGCCUCAGAUGACGAGGCUGUGUUGUCACCCACAUCAUCUCCAUCAUCUACUGCAUGCCAUCCUUCCCAGUUGACAAAUAGCAGCUCGGGUGCUGAAGAGCCUGGACCAGGCGAGUGGAGCGAGGCCUUGUACCCCUUACUGAGUACACUAACAGACUGUGUUGCCAUGAUGAGUGAUAAAGCAAAGAAAGCCAUGGUCUUUCUGUUAAUGCAGGACAGUGCUCCAACAAUCGCCUUGUGCUUGAGUCUUCAGUACCGCAGAGAUGUUGUCUUCUGUCAAACGUUGACAGCCCUGAUCUGUGGUUUCAUUAUCAAGCUAAGGAAUUGUCUGCAUGAUGACGGUUUCCUGCGCCAGCUAUACACUAUCGGUCUUCUGGCACAGUUUGAAAGUCUUCUCAGUACAUAUGGAGAAGAGCUGGCUAUGCUUGAAGAUAUGAAUUUGGGGAUCUUGGACUUGAGGAAUGUAACUUUCAAAGUCACACAGGCCAUAUCAAACUCCUCUACUGAUAUGUUGCCAGUAAUAACAGGAAACCGCGAUGGAUUUAAUGUUCGCAUCCCAUUGCCAAGCGCCUUGUUUGAUGCCCUUCCUCGCGAGAUUCAAAGUGGAAUGCUGCUAAGGGUUCAGCCAGUUUUAUUCAAUGUUGGGAUCAAUGAACAGCAGACACUGGCUGAAAAGUUUGGAGAUACGUCGCUGCAGGAACUUAUCAACAAUGAGAGCUUGAUACGACUGAAUUCUUACUAUGAGCAGUUCAAAGAAGUCUUACCGGAUGACUGUCUUCCACGGUCUCGCAGUCAAACAUGUCUCCCUGAGCUGCUCAGAUUCCUUGGACAGAAUGUCCAUGCAAGGAAGAACAAAAAUGUUGACAUCCUUUGGCAAGCUGCUGAGAUAUGUAGACGACUUAAUGGGGUUCGAUUUACAAGUUGUAAGAGUGCCAAGGACCGUACUGCCAUGUCAGUGACGCUGGAGCAAUGCUUGAUUCUGCAGCAUGAGCAUGGCAUGGCCCCACAGGUUUUCACACAAGCACUGGAGUGCAUGCGAAGUGAGGGCUGUCGUCGAGAAAACACCAUGAAGAAUGUCGGAUGUCGCAAAUAUGCCUUUAACAGUCUGCAACUGAAAGCUUUCCCAAAGCAUUACAGGCCUCCUGAAGGGACCUACGGAAAAGUGGAAACUUAGGUUUUGCAAUUUGGAGUUCCUCUUGCAAUAUCUGUAGAUUUGCAUUAAUUCAUGUGUGUAUAUAUAGAAGAUUAUGUUCUGUAAUGGUUUCUGGAGACACCGUUUAUAUAAGAGCAUGAAGAUCAUCUUGGAUAAUGUGUUGGGUGCACCUCUCAGCAACAAGGCUCUUAUGAGCUGAAAACGUCCUAAGCUUCCUAGGGCAGAAUGAAGAAGCAGUAUACUGUAGUUAUGUCCAUACCACAGAAGGUAUUCCAUGGUUUUACUAUUAUCCCACUCGGUUCUUCUGUAGAAAAAAGAAGUGACUGUUUUGUCAUGUUGGGCUGCAGAUUUCAUAGUCAGAACAGAGUUUUUAUGUGUUCAAGCAGUUGGCUUUAAAUAUUGUAACUGAUUUUAAAAUGUAGGCAGUGACUAUUUUACUAUGUAAUUAGUAAUUCAGUAAUGACAAGGGAUAUAAACCUGUUGCUUAGAACACUGUGUUCAGGAGAAGAGUUUGAGGAAAGAAUGUGUGCUUUGUAUGCACAUAGACUUUCCUUUUGUCUCUUUGGAGCAGUACUAAAAAGUCCCAUAACCACUCAUUAAAUAUAACCUUACAUGUACUUCAGUCAUAUCAACUGACAAGCACAAAUUUGUCAAGAUUUUAGUUUGAUUGGAACACUUUCUCAUGAGUAAAUACAGAUUCACAAACCUCACCAAGUUCUAUAGUCUUUCUUUACUGCCAUUCUGUGUCCUAAGAUUAUUUUAGGUAUUGGUGCUCGGCAAUGAUACUUGGGAUUUUCUAAAUAUGUACGUCUAUACAUUUUGUCUGAACUUCCAUGAUGUGGACAAAACCCUGCAAUACCUCAGUUAGCUUGUAAAUUUGUGCUGCCGUUGCCUACCAUUGGUGUGCUAAGUUGAAGACUCCACAUCAUGGCUGCUUCGUAGAAACCCAGCCUUUCCUAAUAGACCUCUAGUUAAGUCACACUCAGCAAUUUUUCUAAGUUGACUGUAGAAGUUGAAUGCAUGCUAUGGUAAAAUUAUUGCCAAUAACUUAAUAAAUUCCCAAUAAAAUUUCAAAUUAAGCAUUUGGCUAUUUUUCUAAAUAAGUAGAUAAUCAAAGACACAGAACCCCCACAAUUUAUGGUUCAACAUUCUUAUCCUUUCUAAUUGUUAAAGUUGUUCUCUGGGCAUUUUAGGUAAUCUGUCCUUCCUGCUAUCCUUUGGAAGGAAGAUCGUUUAGUUAAUGCUUGCCGGUCCCUCACUCCGUCAAUGCUGCUGUCUCCACCGCACCUAGGCUCUUCCACCUGAGUCACGACCAGAUGUGUGCCCUUCUCUUCCUGGUCAGUUGCAUUUAUUAUUACAGCUGAAAAGGAGAAAUAGGGCACACAUCCAGCCAGGACCUGGGUGGAAGAGUCCGCAGCCUGUGUUAGUGCAGUGGCGAUGACAAAAUUGGCGGCUAGGGAUGGAUAAGUAUUAACAAAACAAUCUUCCCUUUACAGUAUAGCACAAAUAAUGGAUUACCUACAGUGCCCAGAAAACCCCUUUAAUCAAGUUUACAGUUACUAAUAUUUUAUCUAUUCAUAACUUAAUAAGCAUGCUGCAUCAACGUAGAGGUCCAUGUGAUAAAAACAUCUGCACUUUGCUGCUUUUUACCAUCUACCUUUUGCAUCUUACCUUCCUCCAUUUCCCUUUUCACAUUACGAUAUAUCCUCCAAUACACACAACAUCUGAGCUCCGGUUUCAAUCUACAAUCUAUGAGAAAGUUCACCUAAUUCAUCAGUUAGUGUCCUGUAUGUUACUCUAAAUCCAGAACUGGGAGCAGUCAAGAUCCGAAUAUUAAUGCCAAGUUGGAAGUAUAAAAAUUACUUAUUUGCACCUAUAAUUAUUCUACAAUGUUCUUGGAUCACCUACAUUUUUACUAGCUAGUAUAUCCUAAAUACCAAUGCCUAAUAUAUGAGAUAUAUUUAUAUAAAGAAUGAUUAUGGAUAAGAGUGCCUUUAUAGAAUAUGGCUGCGCCCUUGUUACCUUGUUUUCUAUGUAAUAGAAAUUUACAUUUAAUUUUAUUAAUGCUUCUUUCUUUUAGAAACAAUAAGUUGUGAUUGGAAAACAAAUGUUUAAAGUAUAGAAUUAAAACAAGUUUACUGGAGCUCUUACUUAAAAGAGUUGUCCGGGUUCAGAGCUGAAUCCGGACAUACCCAAAAUUUCAUCCAGGCAGCCCCCCUGACAAGAGCAUCGGAGCAGUUCAUGCCCCGAUGCUGUCCUUUGCCCUGCGCUUUAUCACGCAGGGCAAAGGUAUUUUGUGGAUUUCCGGUGACGUAUCGGGCUCCCCUUCGGGCUGCCAGGCGGAGGCUUCCGCCCAGCAGUGAGGCCAGUGACGUCACCGGUACUGAUGGGCGGGCUUUAGUGCUGCCCUAGCCUGUAAAACGGCUGGGCCAGCACUAAAGCGCGCCCAUCAGAGCCGGUAACGUCACUA